UACUAAGUCCUAAAUAGAAGACCGAAGGUCCAUUUUCUUCUUCCCUCUUCUCGAUUCUCUCUGCAAAAGCUCCAUUACUUCUUCGAAUUUCUCAAAUUAAAUCUUUCACUUUUGUUUAAUCACAAGAUGUGAACCUAAUUUAUGAAACCCAAAAACCCUAACACCAUUUGUAUUCUAAGAUUGUACUCAAAUCAAGUAAUGUGUUCAAACCCCAAAUCCUUUUGGGUGUUAAAUGCAGUUAGCAAGAGUGACUAUUUCUUCAUAUUCACCUCUAAUUUCUCUAACCCAUUUGAAAUCUACAUGAGUAAAAAGUAAUUUUUCCAACAAUAUCAUCGUGUAAAGCCCUUCUCGGUGUUGACGAUCUCUUCGCUGGGAGGGUCCAAAUGACAGGACGAGGUAAAGGUCGAAGUGGAACUGGUCGUGGAUGUGGCCAUUUUCAAGGACGUGGUAAUUCUGGAGUGAUGUCUCAUCCACAAGUACAACCAAUAGGGAAUACUGUAGCAUCUCCUGAGAUAGGAGAAUCAAAUAAUCCCAGUCAAGAACCUCUAGAGAGAGGACAAAUAUCAAGUAACCCUUGGCAGAGACCUUCUCUAGAGACAGUAUCGUCAAGGAAUCUGGACAGAAGUGUGCUUCCCUCUCCUGAAGUUGAAAAUGAUGCAGUUUCUUCCAGCAAUAAAAAGAGAGGAAGAGGGAAAUAUAAAUCCAAAACUGUAGAUAUAAAAACUAAGUAUGGCGGAAAAAUUACAAUUACAAUUCCAGAUGAUAUUGAUAGAGCAGUAGGUCCUGGGGCUAGAGAUAUUGUUAAUUUUUGUGGUUUGAUCAUGAGGAGCACUAUCUAGUUCCGUGAUGGGAGUUGGCAAAAGAUUGUUUCAAAACAUGGAGAAGCAAUGUGGUUGAAGGUCAAGGAUAAAUUUGAAGUUCUUGGCGGCAUGCGAGAGCAUAGGUUUCAAGCCUUUGUUAUCGACACUAUGCGACGACUUUUUAGAGCUUGGAAAGCUCGACUGAGCAUUCGCUACUCUCGCCAUGUUGCUGAAGGAAACAUAUUGUCUCGUCGACCUGAAGAUAUUGAGCUAGAGGACUGGAAAUACUUAGUAGAGUAUUUUGGAAGUCCGAAAUUUAAGAAAAAUCCUGCCACUGGAGAAAAGGAACCACCUGAUAGAGUUUGGGAGAUCCAACAUACACGUAAAAAUGAUAGAGGAGAAAUAGUGUGGGUGGAUCCACAAUCCCAACAGAUUCAUUGCCAGCUCCAGGAACUUGUGGCUCAGCAACAAUCUGAAGAGAUCGUGCAUCCCAUGACUAGAGAUGAGAUUUUAUCCUCUGUUCAUGGUGAAAGGACAGGUUAUGUUCGUGGUAAAGGGUAUGGAAAGAAGCCUCCAAAAAAUAGUCUCACGCAAGCGGCAAACAUAGAGGCUAGUGUGUCUUCUGCAAUAGAAAUUGUGCGUCAAGAGAUACAAGCUGAUAUGGAUCGAAAGUUGCAAGAAGAACGUGAACAUAUGGAUGCGGAGUUGAAAAGGAACAUGGAGAAAGAGUUGCAAAGAAAGUUGGAUGAGAAGCUUGAACAUGUGAAUCUGGAAGUAGAGAACAAGGUCAGUCUAGAAGUAGCCAAGAAGAUCCACGAACAAUUGGGUGCUUUCAUGACCAGAAUGCAAAAGGUAAUUUACUCUUAAUGUUUUUAUACUCUUCCUUUUUGAUAUUUCUUCUUCUUACCGACUUGAAUCUUCUUCCAUCCUUCUUGACAAUUCUUUUCUUCAUCUUCUCCUUCUUUAAUUAUCUUUAUGACAAUAAGUUGGAUUGGUACAUGUUUAUGCCAAAUUGGAAUUAAUUUUACGAGGCAUAUGACGUGUUUGAUAAAAUACCUGAGAGAAAUCUUUGUUUAUAUUCUAUGCAGCUUUGAGAAAGCUAGCUUCUUUUAUGUUAUUGUUGUGAAUAAGUGUCAUCUUAUGAUAAAUUUGAGUUUGUUUCGGACGUUUAUGUUCUGGUGCGAUUCUGAAAUUCUGGUUAUGCAAAAUUUGGUUGGACUAUUUGGUUGCAUGAUUGUUUUUGUGUGUAUCAUCAAAAACCAAAUCAAAUACUCUAUAUGUCUUGUAUCCCAAUGUUUUUCCUUUUUUGCUUAAAGGAUGCAUUUUAUUGAAACAGAUUUGGAAGAGCAUCCUGCAAUCAUUCCACAAAUUUGAAUAAGAAACAGUUUUGUUUUCUGAGUAAAUUAGAUCGACUAAUACCUUGGAAUCUAUUUUCACCAUUAGUGGAAACAGAUGCUUUGUGUAGGCUAUUAAGGUCUUAGACCAUCCAAUAUUAUAGGGUGUGUUUUCUACUAGGAGUGUUGGGCAAUUGCGUCAUUAUUGAAUGUCAGAUAAUUGCAUCAGUAUUGACAUUGACAAGGUGAUGCAAACAAUGAAGAGACAGAAUAUAGCAGUGUAUGUUUGUGUUCCAAUUUUCAGUGUGAUGAAGUAUCAAAUACAGGAAGAACCAUAAAUGCAUAUUGAGUUUCAGGUAUAGUAUCUAUAUAUUAAAACUCAGUGAUAAUUUCCUAUACCAUGCACUUGAUGUCUUCAUAAACGGUGGAAAGAUACUUUUGUACAACUUAGGUAAACAUUUUUAUUUUUUGGUAUUAUUUUCAGAAAACCAUGAGAUACCAAUUAGUAUUUGAUGAUUGGUUACUCUUUGUUAAGAACCUCUUAAAGGUCUUUUCCAAUCAUUUUUUUUGUUUUGUUUUUCUACGAUUCUCCACUUGGAGUUCCUCUCUUUCUGGAUGGGUAUGCUCCUGAUCUUAAAGAUCACCAUUUUUCUGGCCAUGCUCAUCUAUUUGUUAUUGAGGAUUCCUCUUAGCGUCUUUUCUGAAGGUUGCCAAAUGAGCUGUAAAUGUAAAUGUUAUCCAAUGUGGAAUUUGUUCUUCACCAUGACCUCUUAUGUCUGCAUGCCACAGUAUCAUUUAGUAUUUUAUCUUGCGUGAUCUUGCUGUCUCAAACACUUGUGGUUACUUGUGAACUACAUUUACUUAGUUUAUCCUCUUCCCCGGCACCUUGUUUUCUCCAUUUCUGAAUUUUGAAGUCUUUUCUUACUGCUUCAUUCUUCUGAUGUCAUCCCAUUUUUCCACUCCCUUACUAAAUAGUACUUCUGUAGUUCAUUAAAGGUCCUCUUUGAUUAUGUGUGUGGCACUUAAUUCAAAUUUUUGAGAAAUGAUUAUGUGCUUUAAUUUUUCGUCCCUCUUUUAUCUUCUUUUGUUUUUUGCCUUUUGUUGCCUUUGUAAAACAUCAGUGGAGAAAGCAUUCACAGUCUUUUGCAUGUGGUAAGUUCACAUAGUGGAUAUUAUGUUUUCUUGUCCAACUUCUCUGAAAAGCUUUUUCUGGUAAGAAAUUCAAUUCAGCCUGUUACGUAAAUUAGUUAUCUAAGACAGAUGAGGCACAAAUGCUCUUAUUUCACUGGAAAAAAAAACUGUUUUUCUGCAUGUUCUGAAUAAAAAAAUUGGGUUUGUUGUUGUUGUUGUUUGUUUGUGUUCCAAUUUUCUUGUAUUGCUUUGCUCCAUAAGCCUGUCCACAUAGAGUACUGGCCAUUCCUAGCUGCAAAUCACAUGUAAUAAGAGCUUUUCAGCUAACUAAAACAACAUUAGCAUCUACUGCAUUGCCUAUUCAAACUUGAAGCAAUACUUAGGAGACGUGGUUAAUGGUUGAAAUUGUUAUAAUAUAUUUUUCCACUUCUAUGUCAUCCAUUGUACUAUUAGCAUUAGAUUAUGAGAAUUGUCAAAGUGAUCUUGUGUUUCUUUUGUGUAAUAACAUGGAUGAGGUUCUAAAACAAUGGAGACAACCAAGGAUGGGCUUCAAGGCACUUAGUAUUUUGCUCUUUUGGGAUGUAUAUGCAUACAAUGACAAUGAAGUAUUAUGCAUUAUAUAUGUAAUUCACAUUUUAGUAAUGGAAGUAUUUAAUAUCCGACUUAAGAUAUUCUUUUGGUGUUUGUAAAAUACUAUUGGAUGCGUUUAUAUAA